AUGAGCAGCCGAAGGAAACGUGCCCCACCAGUCCGCAUGGACGAGGAGGCCAAGAAGAAGCUGAACUGGAACAUGCACCAGGACCGGAGGACUGAGGAUGAACUUGAGGUUGAUGAGAUCUUCUCACAUUCAUCUGUCAGCUUUCAGGCAAACCCGGUGCCCGAGAAACCCAGCCAAGAUGUGGAAGGAGCUUUUUUCUCAUCACCUGUGGAGAAGCAAGAGAGACCAGAGUGCUCCUUUCAGGACUUAUCCGUGGACACGACUGAACUUAAUGUGGUGCCUGUGUCUACUCUGGAUCUAGUUUGGAAAGCACUGAUUGGAGAAUUUAACCUGUAUCCAAAGGUUCCAGCUGAGCUUGCGGACAUUACUUUUUGCCUGCAGCAAACUGGUGAGGGACUGUCAUUAAAUUUACCAAGAACAGCUCUAGACGAGUCCAGGAAUUGUCCAGCUGAAUGUUCUUUUGGUGGAUUAUCACUGGAGGAAUUAGACUGGCUGCAGAAGAGGAAGGUUAUACAGCUGUGCCACUUGUCUGCAGACGGAGCUGUAAAGCUAAAGGUUUUUCUUCUGGAGUCUGGUUUGGGACGGCCAGAGUUUCUCAGUGAAGGGAAUGGACGAAUAAGGAGAUCCAGUCAGCUCCUGCAGAAACUAAUGGAGUUGUUCUAUGACUUUAUUAUACCUGAAAUCAUGGAGAAUGAGGAGGAAGAGUGUGACACAGAUCUGGAGCGACAGAACGUGGAGGAACUCUAUGAUUACGUCAGACAUCUUCACCAGAGGGAACAGCAGGAGCAGAGUUUUGACGUGCAGCAUCCAGCCCUCAUCCCAGUGCUGCGGCCUUACCAGAGCCAGGCUGUCAACUGGAUGCUGAGGAGAGAGAGGUACAAGACUGAAGCCUCUCAAGAACAAACUCUACAUUUUCUUUGGAGGGAGGUGAUCACAAUGUGUGGAAAGAAGAUGUUUUAUAACCCCUACACCGGCUGUCUAAUCCGGGAGUUUCCUCUUGCUGGAGUAGACUGGCCAGGAGGAAUACUUGCCGAUGAGAUGGGGCUGGGGAAGACUGUAGAAGUACUGGCUCUUAUUCUGUGCAAUACACGUGAAGGCUUGAAGCAGGGUGCUCUCACUUUACCUGUGGGAAAAUCAGUGAAUUAUUACAUUCCUCCACCACCAUUAGAACGACAAAGAGUCAAGCACUGUGAGGUGAAGCCAAGAGAGAAGAUCAACUACCCAGCUGUUCGUGUGAUGCUUUUGACUGCCAUUAAGGAAAUGAAGGUUGGGAAGGGGGCGUCAGUCAAUGCUAUUUUCACAUACCUCCGGAGUAUGUACAAGUAUGACCCUCUGAAGAACCGCAGCCACGUUAAGAAAGCGCUGGCGAAGCUCAUAGCUGAAGGAUUAGCCGAACAGAUCAAAGGCAGAGGAUUAGCUGGCUCAUUCAAGCUGGGGAAAAAUUACAAAGAAAAGAAAAAGAAACCUGCCUCUCCUCAAAAGUCCCGUGGAGAGACAGCUUGCAGGAGAACAUCUCGUAGGUCUGCUGGACAGGAGAAAGAGGCAGUUAUGAACUCCUGCAGCACAGCUUCUGACUCUGAGGACACACUGAGCAGCAUGGAUCCUCCCUUACUUACAGAAGAACCAAAACUGGAACACGAGUAUUUUUCAGAGCAAGAGACACUCACUGAGAAACCCAGCACAGACACUAACCCAGACAGCUGCCAGACCCAUACUGCUCUAACUGCUGAUGAGAAAGAGGCAGCAGUGUGUCCUGUAGCUAAUGCUAAGCCAGAGCCAAUGAAGGAUAAUGGAAGCCUCCACUCAGAGAAUCCUGAAUCAAAUCUUGUCCAAAGUUCUCAAUCAGACCCUUCACCCCCAACCAUCGCCUCUGUGGUCCCAUUUAAUACGCCCGAUUACCGUUUUGAGUGUAUCUGUGGAGAACUGGGCCUGGUGGACUAUAAGGCUCGUGUACAGUGUAUGAACUGUCUUCUAUGGCAACAUGCUGAGUGUGUAAACUAUAAGGAGGAAAACCUGGAGACCACACCAUUCUACUGCCCACACUGCCUGGUGGCCAUGACGCCUGUACCCACAGGAGCCACGCUCAUCAUUUCACCCAGUUCCAUCUGCCAUCAGUGGGUAGAGGAGAUCAACCGCCACAUUCGCUCUGCCUCUCUACGAGUACUGGUAUACCAGGGUGUCAAGAGGCAUGGUUUUAUCCAACCCCACGUUCUGGCCGAACAGGAUGUGGUAAUUACAACUUAUGAUGUGCUGCGUACUGAACUGAACUAUGUGGACCUCCCUCAUAGCAACAGCAAAGAUGGCCGUCGUUUCCGCAACCAGAAGCGCUACAUGGCUGUGCCCAGCCCACUGGUGGCUGUGGAGUGGUGGCGAGUCUGCCUGGAUGAGGCUCAAAUGGUGGAGUGCACUACAGCCAAGGCUGCAGAGAUGGCACUGAGACUUACUUCCAUUAAUCGCUGGUGUGUAAGUGGAACUCCUGUACAGAGGGGUCUAGAAGAUUUGUAUGGUCUUGUGUUGUUUCUUGGAGUUGACCCAUACUGGGUGAAGUACUGGUGGGAUCAACUGCUCUAUAGACCAUACCGGCGUGGAAACACAGGGCCACUGUACAAUGUCAUUGGUCAGUUGCUAUGGAGAUCUGCUAAAAAAGAUGUCAUUGACCAGAUCCAGAUCCCACCUCAGACAGAAGAAAUCCACUGGCUCCACUUUUCUCCAGUGGAGGGCCACUUCUACCACCGCCAGCACGAGGUCUGCUCCCAGGAUGCCCUGGUCAAAUUGAGAAAGAUAUCUGAUUGGUCACUGAAGUUGGGCAGCCUGGACAGACGCACAGUCAACACCAUUCUGUACCCACUCCUGCGGCUGCGUCAGGCCUGCUGCCAUCCUCAGGCAGUCAGAGGAGAGUUUCUGCCCUUCCAGAAAAGUACUAUGACAAUGGAGGAGCUGCUGAAGUCUCUUCAGAAAAAGUGCCGUGUCGAGUGUGAGGAGGCUCACAGGCAGCUUGUGUGUGCUCUCAAUGGUCUGGCAGGAAUCCACAUCAUCAGAGUUGAGUUUGUUGAAGCAGCAGAGAUGUACAGGGAAGUUCUUCGGUCAUCAGAGGAACACAAAGACCGCCUUAAAACUGACUCCCUGCAGAGACUUCAUGCUACUCACAAUUUGAUGGAGCUGCUAAAUGCAAAGCAUCCUGGUAUACCUCCUACUCUUCGAGAUGACCGCCUGAAAGAAGAGGCAGAGCAGCUGAAACAACACUACAUGACCAAGGUCAGCUCUGAAGUGGCUGAGGCUCAACAAAACCUAUUGCCUGUACUUCAGAACAUCAGAGAACUAAAGCGCAAGGUUAACCUGCGCUCGCCUUGGUGGCUGGAUGUCAUCCAGCAGGCCAUUCAGUACUCCAUGGAUGAUGACUUGGUCAGUCGCAUCCAGAAUGAGCUCACUUGCAGCUACAAACAGCAAGCCCACAAACUAUCAAUGGCAGACAAGUUUCGGGAUGCUAGAGGUCUCCAGUUUUUACUCAGCAAUCAGAUGGACGAUUUAAUGAAAUCUCAGAAAACUGUCCAGGAUGCUGUGAAAAAGCUAGAAGCUCAGCCUUCUCAGGAAAUCAUUGAAGAAGCUACAAUUUGCCACUUGAGGCCCGUCCGUCUUCCUCUAAACAAUUGUGUAUUUUGCAAAGCUGAUGAACUCUUUACAGACUAUGAGUCGAAACUCUUCUCUCACACAGUUAAAGGCCAGACAGCCAUAUUUGAGGAGAUGAUUGAGGAUGAAGACGGGCUAGUAGACGACAGACUGCCUACAACCAGCCGUGGCCUUUGGGCAGCCAGUGAAACGGAGCGCACCCUGAAAGCCAUCUUGUCCUUUUCCAAGAUUCGCCGUAUGGACUCUGAACUCAUUGAAGAAGGAAACACCUUCAUGGAACUGUUUGAGUCCUGGAAAAAAGAGUACAAGGUGUUGCAUGAGUACUGGAUGACGCUAAGGGAUCGUGUGUCUGCUAUAGAUGAGCUGGGAAUGGCUACAGAAAGACUACGUGUGCGUCUGCCUGAUGAGCCCAAACCUAAAGUACUACACAUCAUAGAACCACAUGAGGUAGAACAAAACAGAGUGAAACUGUUGAAUGAUAGGGCUGUGGCAAAAUCCCAGCUGCAGAAAAAGCUUGGACAGUUGCUCUACCUCAACAAUCUGGAGAAGUCUCAGGAUAAAUCCACAGGAGGUCUGAAUCCAGAGCCAUGCCCUAUUUGUGCCCGCGCCCUGGGUCAGGAGUGGGCUGUGCUUACCUGUGGACACUGUUUCUGUAACGAGUGUAUCUCAAUCAUUGUGGAGCAGUACAGCGUUGGUAAUCGAAAGAGAGCCAUAAAGUGUGCCAUCUGCAGGCAGACCACAUCCCACACUGAAAUUUCCUACGUCUUCACCACCCAGGCUGCAGACCAAGGCCAGGAAAUCCCUGUCAAAGGAAGUCACUCCACUAAAGUAGAAGCUAUAGUCCGAGCCCUAAAGAAAAUCCAGAUGACUGACCCGGGAGCCAAGUCCCUUGUGUUUUCCACGUGGCAGGGAGUUCUGGACAUCAUUGCAAAAGCACUCUUUGAUAACAACAUGGAGUUUGCACAGAUCAAUGGAAUUCAUAAGUUUCAGGAGAACUUGAGUUCUUUUAAAUAUGAAGAGAAGAUCAACAUCCUGCUAUUGCCUUUGCACACAGGCUCAAAUGGCCUGAACAUCAUUGAGGCAACCCACGUGUUGCUUGUGGAGCCUAUCCUCAACCCAGCUCAUGAGCUGCAGGCCAUCGGCAGAGUGCAUCGUAUCGGCCAGACAAAACCCACUUUUGUCCACCGGUUUCUAAUUAAGUCCACUAUUGAGGAGCGCAUGCAAGCUAUGCUGAAAACAGCAGAGAAAAGUCAUAGUGCCACAGCCAUGAAACACUCUGAAGCCUCUGUGUUCACAGUGGCUGACCUGGCUGAGCUUUUCACUGAGGAUACAGACACUCUAGAGUAAGUCUUAAAGGACUGUAAGACAACUGCUACAAAAUUAACCAGCAAACAAGCUCGCCAUCCCACUCUACUUCUUUGCUUUGCACUUUGUAUGGUUAUUAAUUAUAGUAACUCCUGCAAGUGUAGUUAAUUUAUCAUCUUUGUGUUUGUUCUCGUCAAACUGUUUUACUGAAAUUGCUUAAAUACACAGAUGAAAUUGGCUGGUAUGAUAUCAGCUGGAGUUAUAAAAUGGUUGCAAGGGAAGCAAAUUCCAUCCUAAAAUCACAGAUAUCUUGGGUGCUGAACAAUGAGUUUUACCAGUGCUGGCUCUACCAUAAAGGUGCUUACAACAGUAGUAGGCCUUAAGCAUUUUUAAAGCUUAGACCACAGCUAGAAUCAGUCAAACAGAAACAGUUACCCAGUGUGAAUAAUUUUAAUAGUUACACCAUAUGGUUGGUUGUAGUUGUAGCAUCUGUCUACGCGUAGUAUUACUUGGAACAGCGAAACCACUUAAUAAAUACAAAUAUUUGUAAACCUAAAUUAUUAUGCACUGACUGGGAGGUGUGGUUACAGUGCUGUUUUAAAAAUAUGUGACCAGUCACAUUCCAUUUUAUUUUAUUUUUUUAAACUAGAGACUGUCCUGCCAUCAAAACAGAAGUUGAUUGUCCUGCACAGUAAAUUAACUUACUGUGUUAACAUUACAAAUGUCCAGAUUCCAGUUCCAAAAACCUCAAAGAGUUAAGCAAUGAUUGAUUUUUAUUGUGUCUUACUGCUGAAUAAGAAGAAAUUAUACAUUUUGAUGUAAAGUUGUACAAUGUUGAUGUUCAAUAAGAAAAUAAUUGGUCUCUAUGGCACUGGUCUUUGCUCAGAUGAGAAAAAGUGAUGUCAAACAAAUAAUGUAAAUGUGUUAGCUGUUUGUAUGAUAAACAUCCUAUUCAUAUGUCUAUAACAAACGUUUCUUAUAAAGAUAAAAAAGACGAAAAAUGUGUCUUCUUUUUUCUGUUGCUGUAUUUCAACUAUUUAAACUGGCAUAUCAGAAUGUUUGAGUUCCAAGUGUAAACCCAAUUUCAGUUUCAGAAAUGUCGAGGGACCAUCAACAAUCAAGAAUUUAGAAUCCAAGAUGGCAGUACUUCUGCAAUAGUAUUAUAUGCAGAACAUUAUUACUGCACACACAUUAUCACAUUAUUAUAAACAUCUCUGUGUGUGUUACUAAAUCAGUACAGUACUUACCAGCUAUAUCUGUGAAUUCUUUGGUAUUUGGAUGCACUCAGUGUGAUAUCCUGGGGCAUAAGAAGUUGGACAUAUUUUGGUUAGAAUUACCAUAAAACACCAUUAAAGGAUUGUCACACCAAUUGUGAAAACCCAA